ACAGCUGCCAUUGAACUCAACAAAAACACCCAGGGGAAUGUCAUCGAACUACAGACAGCCACGGAGGACGAAAUUAAAGAUCUGAGUCUGCAGGCAGCCCAACUGAUAGCACAGACACAGCCACACCACGCACUGCACACAAUGACUGAUUUGGCGCACAACUUCCCCAUACGGAUUGAUUUUGUCAAGAAUGUACAGGUGCUCGACUCAGGUGCGGCCAUGGCUGCCCUCAGCGCAGCAGACACCCUGCGACGUGACAUGCAACUCGACACACGACACGCACACCUGUGGAUCAACGGACGGACUAUCAGUACCAAGGACAUCAAUCCAUUCGCCCUAGCAGCUCAUCUGCGCGAGGAUACGCGGGUUAUGGAGGCGUUGCUGCGCUCAGGGGGGUAGGUGG